GCGGGCCCGCACGCGCCGCGGCCGCCGCCCGCUCGCUCGCCGCACGUAGGCGCCGCUUAAAGGGGCAACGCGGCGGGUCCCGGCGAGCUGCGGCCGCGGGGCGGUGCUGCCGCCGAGCCCUGUGGGGACCCGACCUCCACCGGCGCUGCCGCCCCGGUGCCGACCCCGCGGGCCCCAGCGCACGGAGCCGGUGCCCUUUUAAGACGGGAGCUGCCGGUGCCGGUGGUUUUAUUUACAUGGGGGCUCGGGGGCGUCACGUGACGGGCAGAGCCGCGGCGGCCGAGCGCGGCGGGGCCAUGGCGUGCACCGGCGAUGACGGCUCCUGGGUGGAGCUGCGCUGCGGCCCCGGGGGCCCUGAGCCCGAGCCCUUGCGGCUCUCCUCCUGCCAUGCCGACGUGGAGCGGAUGCUGCUGGAGGCACAGCUGGAGACCGAGAGCGGCGAUGGUGCCCUGCUCCUGAUGGGCUCCCCAGUCUGGGAUGAGGAUGGAGCGAGUUCGGCCAGCGAGCGGCCUGGGGACAGCGACCUGCGGCCUCCCUGCAGCCAGCCCCAGCCAGGCUGCCUGCACCCCCGGCAGUGGGAUGUGCCGGAUGAAGCUGAGCGGAGGGAACAGCGCCUGCCAGCAUCCCUUAACUGGGCCUGUGCCCGCCACCCUCAGCAUCUCUCUCCAAAGGAGUUUGCCUUUGUGUGCUCCCCACAGCCAGUGCUGUGGAGCCUGCAGGGAGGAGCAGUGGGGAGAAAGAAGAAACUGUUCAGUUCAGAGCUGCUGCUGCUCUUCAUCCCCUCGCUGCUGCUCAGCCACGUGCUGACGCUGGGGCUUGGGAUCUACAUUGGGAAGCGACUGGCAGCCUCCUCGGCCAACCCACUGUGAAGAGCUGGGACCAGUGAGGCUCAGUGUGGGGGGAGUCUGGGCAUCAGCGCAGCCCAACUGCUCCCAGGCUUCCUGGCUGUGGCACGAAGCACCGUCUCCCCUCGUCCCUUCUUUAGCCCCAGCCCAGGAGCUGAUCCUGCUCUCCCAUGUAGACAGAAGCGCACUGAUGGCAGCUCCCGGGGCAGGCAGCCCCUGCCCCCCCAUCCCUUGGUUACGGGUCCAUGUUCCUCCUUUUUAACACAGACUGUAAAUAUGGCUCCUGAGCUGCGCCACAGCGUGCGAGUAAAGAGCACUGAGUCACC